UUUAGACGGGCAGAUUUAUUUAAAAGUUGAAUUAUUUCUUCAGCAAAAUGAAGGAUUCGCAAAUAUUGCGGAAAUUAUUCGCACUGCUCUUGGUGAAUAUAUCGGCCACCAUUGGGCAACGAUGUAACGAAGACACGGAGUUCGCUUGUGCUAAUGGGAAUUGCACCAGUAAAUUUUAUAUCUGUGACUGGGACGAUGAUUGCGGUGAUUUGAGUGACGAGAAUGAAGAAAUGUGCAGAACUACUCCGUGUUAUGCACGAUAUUGGAAAUGCGAAGAUUUUAAGUGUAUUUUUGACCGUUAUAGAUGCGAUGGAUACGGUGAUUGCAGAGAUAGUUCUGACGAGAAAAAUUGUCCAUGUCCGUCACCGGAAGCAGAUUGGCGGAGAUGCGAUGAUGGCACUUGUGUCAAGUUGAUCCAUUGGUGUGACGGUAUUGUCGAAGAUUGUCCGGAUGGUUCUGACGAGAUAAAUUGUAGGAAGAAAACAUUGCAUGAGAUGAGGAAUUAGUGGAGGCUGCAACGGAGACUUACAUAUUUCUUAAAUUUCUUAAAUAAUUAUGAAUAAUUAAGAUUACACAGUUGUAGAAAAUACCAAAACACUCGCAUCUCUCCUUACUAAACUGCAAUAAGUGUGCAAAUAAAAUCAUGUUGUCAAAA